UGCUGGAGAAGAAGGGUGCAGAGUUCCACUUGGAGGGUAGCUGGGGUCUCAUGGUGGCCGCGAGAGGUGAUGAGCUCCUAAAUGCAUCACUCUCAGAAGAGGAGGGUCCGGAGGAGAUGCGAGGUCCCUUUAAGACCCCAAACCUUGCUUAGCCAGAGGAGGGGGGGUGCAGUGGGGGCUCUGCGUGGUGGCAAAAUAGCCAGCUGAGCCUCUCAAUUUCUCUGGAUUUCUUAACUUUUGGGUGUGGGGAGCAGGAAUAAAGCCGUAGUGCCAAUCAUAGAAGGGGUGCGGACUGGAGAAGGGGUGUGGGCUGGCAGCGGUUGCGCUCUUUUGCAGACUUCCCGCUUGCCUCUAGCGGCCUCUUGGGCCAAGUGGGGAUCAGGGAGCGGGUGGGAGGGCGGGCAGGUGGCCCCGGGCUUCCAGCACCCGAGCCUUAGCUCUGCCCCCUGGAGCAGAGCAAACGCUGCUCCCUCAUGGUGUGAGGGCGGUGAUGUUUUUCCUCCCACCCACUUUUGGGUUCCCCCGCCCCCGCUCGCUCCAGCGCACUCUGGCUCUCUCCACAACCUGCGAGCCACAAACCUCGGAGCAGCGCCCUGGGGAGCUGUAUGCGUGUACCCCCGUGGAAGACCGAGGAGGCCAGUGAACAGGUCAGUGAGCGGUGCUGGGAGCCUGCUUCCCCGACAGUCCUUUCCAGCCUUUGCACAGCUUGACUACACCAGACCCUGAAAGUUUUGAGUUGUUUUUUUAAGUGGCCAGAAAGAGGAAAAGUGAAAAAUGGGAGGAAUAAAAUACAUCUUUACCUUGCUGCUGUUCUUUCUUUUCCUAGAAGGAAGCAAAACAGAGCAAGUAAAUCAUUCAGAGACACAUUGCAUGUUUCAAGACAAGAAAUACAGAGUGGGUGAGAGAUGGCAUCCUUAUCUGGAACCGUAUGGUUUGGUUUAUUGUGUGAACUGCAUCUGCUCAGAGAAUGGAAAUGUGCUUUGCAGCCGAGUCAGAUGUCCAAGUCUCCAUUGCCUCUCUCCUGUGCAUGUUCCUCAUCUGUGCUGCCCUCGCUGCCCAGAAGACUCCUUAUCCCCAGUGAACAAUAAAGUGACCAGCAAGUCAUGCGAGUACAAUGGGACCAUUUACCAACAUGGUGAGCUGUUCAUGGCUGAAGGACUCUUUCCAAACCAGCAACCCAAUCAAUGUACCCAAUGCAGCUGUUCGGAGGGGAAUGUGUACUGUGGUCUCAAGACUUGUCCCAAGUUAAACUGUGCAUUCCCUGUGUCUGUUCCAGAUUCCUGCUGCCAGGUAUGCAGAGGGGAUGGAGAAUUGUCGUGGGAACAUUCUGAUGGUGAUAUCUUCCGGCAACCUGCCAACAGAGAAGCAAGACAUUCCUACCACCGCUCUCACGAUGAUCCUCUGCCAAGCCGACAGACUGCAGGUCUUCCCCACUUUCCUGGGACCAGAAGUCACCGGGGAGCUCUUAUGGAUUCCCAGCAAGCCUCAGGCACCAUUGUGCAGAUUGUCAUCAAUAACAAGCAUAAACAUGGACAAGUGUGUGUUUCCAAUGGAAAGACCUAUUCUCAUGGCGAAUCCUGGCACCCUAACCUCCGGGCUUUUGGUAUUGUGGAGUGUGUACUGUGUACUUGUAAUGUCACCAAACAAGAAUGUAAGAAAAUCCACUGCCCCAACCAAUACCCCUGCAAGUACCCUCAAAAAAUAGAUGGAAAGUGCUGCAAGGUGUGUCCAGGUAAAAAGGCAAAAGUAGAACUUCCAGGCCAAAGCUUUGACAGCAAAGGCUACUUUUGUGGAGAAGAAUCAAUGCCCAUAUAUGAAUCUGUGUUCAUGGAGGAUGGGGAGACUACCAGAAAAAUAGCACUGGAGACAGAGAGACCACCUCAGGUUGAGGUCCAUGUUUGGACCAUUCAAAAAGGCAUCCUCCAGCAUUUCCAUAUUGAAAAGAUCUCCAAGAGGAUGUUCGAUGAGCUCCAUCACUUCAAGCUUGUGACCAGGACAACCCUAAGCCAGUGGAAGAUAUUCACUGAAGGAGAAGCUCAGAUCAGCCAGAUGUGUUCAAGUCGUGUGUGCAGAACAGAGCUUGAAGAUUUGGUGAAAAUUCUGUACCUGGAAAGGUCUGAAAAGGGUCACUGUUAGAUGAGACAGACAGUAUUGAAUAGGGUAAAGCAAGCAAACUCAAGCUGCAGCUGGACUGCAGGCGUAUUUUGCUUAAAUCAGCAGUGCUCUAAAACCCAAACUCAAAUGCAGCUGAUUAUUCAUGCCAUGCACAGCAUAACUUGCUCCUUUAUGUGGAAUAGUGUGUCAUCCCUUAAACACCUUCUCCAAAGAGACUAGAUAAGUCGAAUUCUUUGUAGGAAGAAGAUAAAUGGAGCACCAUAACUUUUCUCUAGGUUCUAGGAGAAUCACAUUUCUUUACAGGUUAAAGAGUAAACAAAACCCCUGGGUUUUUAUUCAGAAAGUUAUUCCAAUGAAAGAAA